CUGUUGGAUGUACAUCCUGUACGCUUGAUGCAAGUCUUCUCCACAUUAGGCUGUAAGAGGGAGAGGCGCGGAGUGGGCAGCAAUGGAGGUCAUGCGCACCAUCGGGAGUGUAAUGGGGUCUAUCAAGAUGCUGGUGGACCUCAUAGGGAAAAACAGAGAGCUUGCCGGGGAGGUAGCCAUUGGCCUCAAGUCCAUGAACAAGGAUUUCGAGUUGAUACGCACAGUGCGCUUACAGGGGAAGCAGAACCAGCUGCAACUGACAGCAGGAAUGGAAUUGCUGCUGCAGGAGCUGGCUUAUGAUAUCGAUGACUUCAUACAAGGUCUCUGGGUUCCCGGACCAUUUGGCUCUUUCAUCCUCUCAGCGAUUGGGGCAGAUUCUCGUCCUCUACUUAUUCAGCGCAUCAGUGAGUUCAAGGAGAGUAUGAAGAAGUUGAAAGAUGAGCUGCCAAACAGCUUUGAAGCGAUACCGGCCGGCCCGUCGUCCUCCGUUGGAUCUGCUAUUCCUUAUGCUCGAGAGAAGGAUCUGGUUGGCAUCGAGGGACCCAAAAAGGAGAUUGCGGAGCUGCUCUCCCCACGGAUUGAGCCCCAUCGUGGGAGAUUAAGCGUGAUCUCCAUCGUGGGAUGUAGCGGCUCCGGAAAGACUGCCCUCGCAAGGGCACUCUACGAAGACGAUGCUAUCACCAAGGAUUUCAAUUUCAAGUCAUGGGUUGUGGCAUCUGACCUCAGCUCUGUGGACAUUGUAAACAAGAUCCGCCAUGAAGUUGCUCCCACAUCAGCACCUGGAAGUACCACCGAAGCUUUGCAUCAUUUCCAAAAGGACAAAAGGUACUUGGUCUUUGUUGAUGACGUGCUGCGAGAGACCCCAUUGAAGGACAUAAAAAAUGCAUUCAGUGAAAAUGUUAUGGACAGCAGAAUAAUUGUGACCACAAAAGUUCCUUGCGUCGCCAGGGACUACAGCUUCGGCAGUUAUGAGUACACAAUGCAAGGUCUGGACCAAGAAAAUUCAAGAAAACUUUUCCGGGUAAAGUUCCGGGGAAUGGCUGGCUACACAGAAGAAGAUAAGCAUCGGUUGGGCAACAAUGAUGUAGAUAUCAUCAUUGAUAAAUGUGAUGGUUUACCAAUAGCGCUGAUCAGCGCAGCUGAAUGUUUGCGUAGAAAAGGACUAAAUCCAGAAAGCAGAGAUUUUAAACAAGUGAGCCAAGAUCUUGGUAAAAUCCUGGCAUAUUGUGAUAGCGCCUUUAAAGAAUUCCAACAGCAGAAUGGAACUGAUACGAUAUUUGCAGAAAUGAGAAGGGCACGUGUGGAGCCCUACGAGAACCUGCUUAAUCAUGGUGAAAAGGAGUGCUUACUUUAUGUAAGCAUAUUUCCCUGUGGCCAUCAAAUCAACAGCAAGAACCUGGUCAGGAGAUUAAUAGCUGAAGGAUUGGUUCCAGGAGAUCCUGAUAUAGUGAAAGCUUCAGAAUCAGUUGUCGGAGAUGUCCGUGAGUGUGUCAGGAAAUUGAUGGACCAGCAUAUGGUUGAGCCUGUACCGAUUCGCAACUACUCCAAUGUUGCCAAGAGGUGCCGAGUUCAUAGUAUCAUGCUGGAGUUUACCAUCAAGAAGGCCGUAUCCAGAAACUUCGUGAGUCUGAUUCACAAGGACCAGCCCCUGCGUAGCACAACUGGCUUAGUGCGUCGACUCAGUGUUCAGUCCAGCCAGCUUGUACAAGGCACCAAACGUCCAAAGGGAAUGGAUUUGUCUGUUCUCAGGUCCCUAGCAAUCUUCAAGAGUAGAAUUCUGGAUUUCGAGAAAUGCAAGCUGGUGAGAGUACUGGACCUCGAAGGUUGCCGCGGGCUUACACGGAAGGAUCUUGAUAACAUAUGUGUGUUGCUGUUUCUGAAGUAUCUCAGCCUCAGAAAUACUGGCAUCCUAGAGCUUCCCCAAAAUGUGAAGAAGCUCAUGUUCUUAGAGACGCUGGAUGCCCGGGACACCAGGGAUGCUCGAGACACUCAGGAUAUAGUGGUGAUAAAAUUGCCCGUGGAAGUUAUCAUGCUACCACGAUUUACAUACCUGUUUGGAAAAUUUGAGCUAACCAAUAUGCACUCGAAUAAUGUGGAGAAGCUCAUAAAGUUUUUUCCCGAAAAGAAAAGUCAACUGCACACUCUUGGUGGAAUAGCUGUCCACGAAGAAAAAGGUCUAGAAAUUAUUCUACUUGCAGUAAAACACGCCACAAAUCUGAAAAAAGUUAAGGUAUGGUACAGGAACACUCCAAGCAGCACAAGUCCUGUGGCGGUCGGUGGUACACCAGAAUCCAGGUUAUUCAGGCUAGGUAAGACUCUUUCUAGCUUAUUCAGCAAAAGGAAGCUGUCUACAGGACCAGCAGCGAGCCCCACCAGUAAUACACAUGAUCCAGCUCCUGCGACUUCUACACCAGUUGCCAGUGGUACACCAGGUCUUCCGUGUGCAGGGCCAGUAGCUGACUCCAGCAGUAAUGCACAAGAUCCAGCUCCCAACACUUCUACGCUAGUUGUCGGCCGUUCACCAGUGCUUCCCUCUACAGGGCCAUCAGCAGGCUCCAGCAGUAAUGGACAGGAUCCAACUCCUACGAUCUCUACACCAGUAGCCAAUGAUACACCAAAACUAGUCACUUGUGCUAGUAGACAAAGUAUGUUGAAGCAGAAGAAGAAUUUUUUCAGCAAAAGGAAGCCAUCUGCAGGACCAGCAUCAAACCCCAACAGUAAUACACAUGAUCCAUCUCCUGCGACUUCUACACCAUUAGCAAGUGAUACACCAGAACUUAUCCAGUGUGUUAGCAGACUGGCUGAGAAUCUUAAAGAACAUCCGAUGACUCUUGAGUCGCUUUCCAUUGAUUUCAAUGGUGUCUCUAAUACCUUUCUGAAUCUUCUCCGAACUAACAGCACUGUCAAUUCCAUCAAACUACGUCGAGGACAUGGAAGCCUGCCUAGCCCUCUCGAGUUAGGACAGGUAUGUAAUCUCAAGAAAUUGCACCUCUUCUCAACUGGUCUCGAGAGCGCUGAACUGGGAGCCCUGCAGCACUUGAAAUGCCUGCAAUAUCUUAAGCUAGCAGAGGAUGGCCAUGGGUUAUGGGACAGCGUCUUCCACGUGCAAGUUGGUGGAUUCAUAAGCCUUAUCUGGCUGUGCUUCGAGGCCUCAAACUCAAGGCCUCCGCCUCUGAAGAUCGACAAAGGGGUGAAGAUCCCUCUUGCCUCUCUUCUGCUGCUUUGUAAGGAAAGCAAAGAUCUUGAAACAGAAACUCCGGUUCCAAAAAGUCCUCAAAGGGAAACUGAAGAUCCUCAAACGAAAACUCCGGUUCCAUUAUGUCAUCAAAGGGAAAUCGAAGAAGGACUGCGAGUAGAGGGCAUAUCACAUCUGCAAAAGCUCAACGAGGUGAUACUCCACCCUUCUGCUACCGAUGCAGUAGUGAAGGCAUGGAAAGAAGAAGCAAAGAAACACAUAAACAUGCCAUAUGUGGAGAAGCAGCAGGUAUGAUUUCUCUAGAAAUUUGUGGUGCGAGGGACUACCCAUGGGUGUACUUGGGAGCUUCCUUUAUCUUUCUAUACUACUAUAUUCAGUCUGGACUGAUCCAUCAGCCCGCGUUUCAAUUACUUUCCAACAUUUGCAUAAAAAAAUUGUGAGGCUGCCUAUGUAUGUUGAGCAGCAAACCUGUAAUCCCGAAUCAGCGCAAUCGUGUGUAUGCAUAACACAAUAUUAUUCACAUUACUACUUUAUUUGGAUUGCACGCGUUGUACGCUAAUGAAGUUGUAAUAUUA